AUGCCUGGUAAUUCGGCCGCCGUGCCUACUCCAACCUCUAUACCCAAAUUCAUAUAUGAGCGUCUCGCCAUCCAUGACAUCACGCCGAAAUCUCCAUCCAUCGCACUGUUGAAGCACGGUGUCAUUUACGAAUAUGAAGACUGGGUAAAAAAGGAAGCAGAUCAGUCAUGA